AUGGCCACCAAGACCUCUAAGAGCAAAGAUUCCAGGCUUCUCCAGGACAACAUUCUGGCAGAGCAGGCUCCAGAGGCCACCACGAUGCCAGUCCCUGCUUUCCUGACUCAACUACCUCUGCCAUCCCUGCUACUGCCCCUGCUGCUGGGAUUCACAGAGAGCAGAAAGGCCACCAGUCUCAGAAACAAUAGGAAGUACCCUGUGCCACUCGUCAUGCCCACCUCUCCCCGCCUGGCCCACUCGCCGCCCUACUUCCAGCUACUGGCACUGCUCCUUGUCUUCUCAGGAGACUCUGCAUCAAGCUACGGGAGUGAGUCGCAGGUGCUGCAACCUGAGGGUCCCAUACUGGUGGCAGAAGGUGAGACACUCCUACUGAGGUGUACAGUGAUCAACUCCUGCAUUGAUGCGAUGGUAAAAUGGGUCAAGGUGAGCAAUCAGAACCAGCAGGAAAUUUAUAACUUCAAUCACAACUUCUUCCCUGGAGUGACACCUCUGAUCCAACAGACAUUGGAGCCACUUAGUUGUGAUUAUUCCAUCUAUAUCCACAAUGUUACCAGAGGGCAGGCAGGAAUCUACCACUGUGUGAGGUUUGAUGCCUUGAGGGAGCACUCAGAAAUACAGCUGGAUAAGGGCACGUCAGUGCAUGUAAAGGAAGCUGGGGAUCUAGAGCCAAACCUCUGGAUCUUACAGCCCCAGGAGCUGGUGUUGGCAACCACUGGAGAUACUGUCUUCCUGAACUGCACAGUGCUUGGAGAUGGCCCUUCUGGACCCAUCAGAUGGUUUCGGGGGACCGGUAUGAGCCGGGAGGCCAUUUACAACUUUGAAGGCAUCUCCCUGCCCAAUGUGACAGCAGUCCAGGGCUCCAACAGUGAUUUCAGCAUUCUUCUGCAAGGCGUCUCCACUGAGUAUGCAGGCACCUACUACUGUGUGAAGUAUCAGAGGAAACCCAACAGGCAAUAUUUGUCUGGACAGGGCACCAGGCUGAGAGUGAAAGCAAAGCCCACUUCUCCCCAAGAAACUCAAGAAACAGAGGUCAUCAACCAUCAUAUAACCAGGACAUCACCGUCAGGCCUCCUUUAUGUGUUCACAAUUAUAGUCCUGGGGCUGAAGGCAGUGACCUUGGCUGCGCUCCUGCUGGCCCUGGCUACCUUCUGGAGAAGCCUGCAAGACGACAUCAAAACCCCAAGCCCAGCAGAGCUAUACUCAUCUUAG